AAUUCCUUUCCUCAGACAUCUUAAAUGUGUACUUUUGCUGGUUACAUUUGCAAAGUGCAAAAGAUAUGACAACUAAAAGUGGGUGUAUUCUUUUCAUCUUCUCUUACAUUUUACAGUGUUCCAGUAGUGCAAUUUACAGAAAUAAUAUUCAAGAUGAAAGUUGGCCUACAUCGUUGGUUGAUCAGUUCAACAGCUAUGUCGACCAAACAAUUGAAAUUAUAAACAAAAACUCAACAACGCAAACCAGACUUCCAUUUUACAUCACAAGAGGAACAUGGGGAUACCUGAUAUUGAACGUAGAGUACACAUUGAAGUUGUCUCAUGCAGCACUAACAGGAGUAAACAUGAUGCAAAGGAGAGGUGAUGCUAUUAUCAGUUACAACAAAUCAACAAAGAACCUCUCAAUAUAUGCAACAGUUGUCACUGAACCAGUGCAGGCCAACUAUACGGCGGAGGUAGCGUUCUACGGUCGCAAACACAAAGGGCAAGUAACUACCUCGGCACCAGGGCUCACCAUCAGUGUCACUCUCACUGUCAGUUCUGCUAACCUUAUGGUGACUCUUGACGAUAUCAGUAUUGACAGUGGCACUACUAAAGAUCCGAAUGUGACAAUGUCAACAACCGAUCCAGUGCUGGAAUACUUUGUACCUCUCAUCACUGACACCGCCUCUGGUAUGACUGAGGCAACUAUCAGGUCUUCCGUACAAGCUGUAGUCAACGUCUUCAACAGUCCUGACUUUGGGUACUACUAAAACGUGAUGAACAUUUGUAACAAAUAAACCAGUCACAAGAAAUAGGCAAAUUAAAUCUGUUCAGAAGUUA